UUGCCUACACUUUUGAACCCGGAUUUUCUUGCUUCUGGCUUGAGCCGUGGAUUUUAUGAAUAUGUGAAUAAAGUUGGCGAAGCUAGAAGCAAACAGGAAGAAGAACGAUUUGUAGCUGAAGAACUUUCCUCCCUCAAAUCCAAAUUAAAUCAUCCCAAUAUCUCUUCCACAAAAAUUAAAGAUUACAUAACAAGAUUGAUUUAUUGCGAUAUGCUGGGGUAUAAUGUUGAAUUUGGUCAUAUUCAUGCUGUCAAAUUGACUCAAAGUGCCAAAGGAUUAUGGGACAAACGCGAUCUGAGGAGUAGUAAUCAUCUUGAAGUAUGUUCAGCCCUAACAGCUCUAUGUCAUGUAAUGAAUCCAGAUAUGAUACCAGCAGUAUUCAAAUUCGUGGAAGAGAAAUUGUCCCAUCCAAAAGAUUUAGUCAGGAAGAAAGCGAUUAUGGUUUUUAAUAGAUUGUUUCACAACGCACCGGACUUAAUGACACACCUCGAUGAUAAAUUUCGUCAGAUGUUAUCUAAUAGGGACCCAGGAGUGUUAUGCGCGAUUCUAUCUCUUUUUGUGGAUUUUGUCAAGGCCGAUCCAAGUAAAUACAAAGAUCUUAUCCCUGUUCUUGGUAACAUUUUGGAGCAAGUGCUUGAUAGAUGGUUACCUCGUAGUUACGAUUAUCACGGUGUUCCGGCACCGUGGGUCCAAUUGAAGAUAAUAGAAAUCAUGGGAUUGUUGGCCAAGGAUGAUGAAAAAAUAAGCUUGGAAGUUUGUCCGCAUAUUGUUCACACGCUCAAAAAGGCCGAGAAUGGAGUAGAUGCUGCAUUUGCAAUAAUAUUCGAAUGCAUAAGGGCUAUAUCACUGUUGCAUCCGCAAGCCCUAUCAAAAUUGGUCCAUAAAUCCCUGCCUCUCAAUCCACUCAGCGUGAUAACUCGAUUUUUGAAGUCGCAUAAUCACAACCUUAAAUAUUUGGGUCUGAUUGCGUUGUCAGAGGUUGAUACUGUUUGGUGGGUGGAGGGUCAAUGGUGGGGUGAAGAGCAAAUGAAUGUUAUUGUGGAAUGCUUGGAAGAGAAGGAUGAUACCUUGAGAAGAAAGACUUUGGAUCUACUCUACAUGAUGGCCAACGCGCAAAACGUCGCAGUCGUUAUAGAACACAUGAUCAACGCUUUGCGUACCAUGCCAACAACUGAUGAUGUAUCGCAUUCCGAUGACGGUAAAAAGGAUGAAGAAAUGCGCCGAUGUGCUGUAUCAGAAGCGACAAAGGUGUUAGAGAAGAAUUCGAACGAUCAGUCGGUUGACUUGUUAUUGCUGGCUCUUAGGAUAUUGGGCGAAUUUCCUGAUUAUUGUGAAACUCCAGAAGAAAUCAUGGUAAAGAUGGGUGAGCUUCUUGCGAGGAAAAAUGCAAAACGCGAAAUUCAGUCUCAAACAAUCGCAACGUUGUUAAAAUUUGUUGCAAAGUCGAAACAUUGUCCCGAAAAUGUGUUGGAAGCCGUCAAUAAAUGCAUGCAAUCGCCUUUCUGCGACGUAAAACAGAGGUGUCAAGAAUUUAUUGUUCUAUCAAAUGAUUUUACCUUGUUGGAUGAGAUCAUGAAGCCUGUUAUGGAAGUGGAUGAUUUGGUGGUUGACGAAUCAUUGUCAUUUUUAAAUGAUUUUGUUGAAGACGCUUUGAAGAAUGGAGCAAAGCCUUAUGAUCCUAUACCAAUCGUUCACGAAAAACCUGCUUUGGCGGUGGAAAUCAGAUAUGAAGCUUAUGAAAAACCCCCCGUGGACACCAGAUUAUCCCAAAUUGAUAGAAAUGUAUUACCUUCUGGUAAUCUUAAUAGUUUGCCCUCUAGCCCUACAAUGACUCCUGGUCAAUUAGCUUGGUUAGGCGUCACGCAUUCUGCUAGUUCAUUAAGUACCCAUCAAGAACAUCCAUAUUCACAUAAUAAACAGACUUACUCGUUUGGAAAUUUGCAUGAGCAUUCUUUAUUGCUCAAUAACUCACAAGAGUAUUCAUAUGGAGAGUAUGAUGAGCAUGAUGCUAUUAUGAGGCAAUCGACGACCUCACCUCGUCCGAAGUUAGCACUUACCACAAAAUUUCAAAAUUGGAGUCGAUCAGGUUAUAAGGUGAAUCAAGGAUCCUCAAAGAAAUCUUUAAACUCCCCAACUUUGUCAUCCAGUACUGUAGAUAGUGAUCUUAAAUCCCCUUCGAGCAAUGUCCAUCCUUUCCUGAGAACAUCAAACAAGGCGGCACCAACAACUUCCGUGACCACUAAGACUAUAUUAUCAUCGGAGAAAGAACGAUUAGCUUCGGCUUUAUUUAGUGGUGUUGGGAGUUCAUCGGUAAGCGGCACAUUUUCUCCUACUUUAUCAGGGAGUCAUGACAAUUCUAGCUCUUAUCGAAAGAGUUUGCCUUUGAAGCAUAAACAUGCAGUUUCAGACAUCCACGAUCUCUCUUUUCUGCAGAUUCAUGGAAAUAAUGUAUUGAAUGAUUUAAAACCAAUACAAAUGACUACACAAGAAUUUGCCGGAUUUUGGACAAAAAUGACUUAUGAACGAAAGGAAGAAGUGAUCGGAGAACUGGCAAUAGAUAAUAUGGAAGUUGUUAAGCGAAGAUUAGAAAAUGGAUUAAAUGAUGCAUUCGAAGCUGACAUAGGCAUUACUGGAUUGCACGGUAAAUUCUGUAUUGUUGAAGUGAUAGGCAAUGAAGCAAUAGCGGCUUCACAAUACAAAAAUCCAUUGACUCCUGUUACCUCUUUUGGCAUGUCAAAUGGAAAAUUGGUUUUGUUACAUUUUAGGCUGCAGCCAUCACUCUGUGCAUAUGCAAUUAGAGCUGAUCUGGAAUCUAUUGCAAACAGUAUUUCCAAGGAGUUGAAACCAUAUUUCAUGUCAUAUUGUAUGGAAGAGAAUCACUAA